AAAAGCGAAAUCUCAGUUUACACGUUUUAUUAUCUUCAAUUGAUGAUAACAACUGAAGCAUUGGACGGUCCCAAGUGCCACAUAAUUAUGUGAGAAACGACGACAAACUAGUUCAACCCCGGGUAUCACUUCAAAUACGGCCGUGUGUAAUUUAUUGGAAAAAUGUCUGAAACCAAAGAACAUCCCCGGGUCGUCCCAUACAGAUAUAAUGUGGUGGCGGGAUCAGAAGAGGAUGCGAAGAAAGGCUCAGAAGGACAAGUGGAUAUUCAAAUUGGGAAAAUUGACGCUCUUCCACCCAGUAGGGCGUUUCUUUACAUUGCAGCGUGCACAGGAAACCUAGCAGCUUUUACAUGCGGUAUUACCCUGGGAUGGACAUCACCUGUGCUCCCAAAGCUUCAAGACUUAUCGUUGUCUCCUCUUAGCGAAGUGGUUUCUGUUAGUGAUGCCGGAUGGAUCGGAUCUCUUUUGCCUUUAGGGGCGUCCCUAGGCCCUUUCAUUGUAGGAGCCGCCGCUGAUAAAAUCGGCAGAAAAAAGACUCUGCUCCUAGGCAACAUCCCCUUCAUCGUGGGAUUUCUGCUCAACAUCAUGGCCACUAACGUCUACUACCUGCUGGUAUCCAGAUUUAUCUGCGGCGUUUCCGUCGGACUUACCUUCACAGUCUUACCAAUGUAUACGGGGGAAAUCGCCGAAGAUGAAGUGCGAGGAACCUUGGGCACCUACUUGCAACUGUUCACUGUUAUCGGGUUGCUGUUUUCCUUCGUCCUCGGCCCAUACAUUCCAGUCACUUUAUUCAACGCUGCCUGCAUUGUUGUUCCGUCAAUCUUCCUCGUCGCCUUCUUUUUCUUCAUACCGGAAAGUCCGUCGUUUCUUCUGAGCGUCGGCGAAACUGAUGCCGCAGAGCAGGCUUUGAUGAAACUGAGGAACCGAUCGGCGCCAAGUGAAGUUCGUGAAGAACUUCAAGCCAUGCUAGUGGAGGUGAACAAAUCACUAGACUCCAAAGGCUCAUUUAUGGAUAUUUUCAAGUCCAAGGGUCUUUUGAAGGCCUACCUACUAAGCAAUGGACUGCUGGUGUUUCAGCAAGUUUCUGGUAUCAACGUCGUCCUGUUUUUUGCUCAGACUAUUUUCCAGGACGCAGGAGUGGCGAUGAAGCCCGAGCUUUGCACCAUCAUGAUCGGCGUAGUCCAAGUGGUAUUCACCGGAUUAACUUCCGGACUAAUCGACAAACAGGGAAAGCGACUACUGUUGAUGCUGUCGGCUGUAGGAAUGACUGUAGCCCAGGGCGGAUUAGCCUACUAUUUCUACUUAAAAGACUCAGAUAGCGACGUUUCCGCCUUUACAUGGCUCCCAAUCGCCUGCCUAAUCGGCUACAUAAUCACGUUCUGUCUGGGCUUUGGGCCCAUUCCAUGGGCGGUUAUGGGGGAAAUGUUCCCUGCCAAUGUUAAGUCGGUCGCCUCAAUGACUACAGGAGCCACAUGUUGGUUCCUGGCUUUUCUGCUGACAAAGUAUUUCUCAGCCGUGGUGGGACUCAUUGGGAAGGCUGGGAGUUUUGGACUGUUUGGAGGCUGUUGCGCUUUGGCGUUCGCAUUUGUUUACAAGUUCCUGCCCGAAACCAAGGGGAAAAGUUUACAGGAGAUCCAGGAUAUGCUCAGCGGGAAAAGUUAGAUGAAAGCUACGUAGCUUGGUUUGUUUAUUUAUAAUUCAUUAAAGACUUGGGAGUUUGGAA